AUGGCCGCUCCAUUCAAUCCAGGUCCAAGCGGUAUUACCUUCGAACAGCUUGGCUCACCUCGAUCUGAGAGAAAUUAUGGCGGCAUAUCACCGAUUACACACGCGGGCCGCUUCUCUCAACCAGAUUUGCGGUACUGGGAUCCGGGAAUUCCGUUUUACUUGGAGACUACACCAUUUUCAAGCUACAUACCUAUGGAGAAUGUGGCUUAUGUCAGCGAAGCGGUAGCAUACCAACAGCCGCCGGUGCCUCCACCUCCUCCUCCGCUCUCAGAUUCCGUAGUAGUGCUACCUGAAGCUGCUGUGGAUGAACUUGUAGAACAACCAGAUCAUAUGGUGCAGCAUGAUAUAACGAACAUAUAUGAGGAAAUCACUCAUGCUCGUUGCAUUGAAUGUGAUCGAGUUAUCGACUCCAGAGAAGGUACUCAUGACAGGUCUUCCUGCACGCUUAAGAAAUAUUUUAGGUAUUGA